GGCUCUCCCAGAGACGCUGAGACUACGGUGGCGGGGUAUGGGCCUGGAGGGGCGACUGGAGUGGUGCAUAGAGCCGGUUCCUUGUCGCCCUGUCUAUGGCUCGCUCUCUCGCCUGUUGAAUCCGCAGUGGAGGAGGCUGCAUGCGCUCUGCUGUGGUUAGUGUUUCUGUCGCAAACAACAACGAUCCGCGCGAGGACCGCGAAACGAAAGGUCCAAUUUGAAUAUGUCCAGCUCUGGCAUUGAUUCUGCAAAGGAAAGUUUCAUCAGAAGUGAGGACACGCGCACAUAUAGGACCAAAAAUGGCAGAGCGCUAUGGCUCUGAUGCCAACAUUCUGAGCAUCCCGGUCCCUAUGCGCCGUGGUGGGUCCGAGUCCAACCUAGAUGUAGUGAACAGUGUCGGAGACGAUGGGGUGGGCUUGGAUUUUACGAAAGGAGCGCUGGGUAUCAACAGUCUGCAGCAGAAGAUCCUAAAGGUAACGGAGCAGAUUAAAGUGGAACAAGCAGCACGAGAUGAGAAUGUCGCUGAGUACUUGAAACUUAUGAACAAUGCUGAAAAGCAGCAGGUUCAACGAAUACGCCAAAUCUUUGAAAAGAAAAACCAAAAGUCCGUCCACACUAUCAACAGGCUGCAGAAAAAACUGGAACAAUAUCAUCGACGCAUGAAGGACAGUGAAAGCAAUGGCAAACACACUCAUAAGAAUGGGAACCAAAAGGAGUCUGGGACGCAAAGUAAAGAGGGCAGCCUGCGGGACGUGAGCUCCACAGGACGACAUCACACACUGGACAAAGUGAAGACCAUUGGACCUGGAGUGACACUUUCACCACCAUUUUUCUUUAACAAACCACGAGAGUUUGCUAACCUCAUCAGGAACAAAUUUGGCAGCGCUGACAAUAUUGCCCACCUCAAAAGCUCCAUGGAAACGGGAUCAGGGCUGCAGGUUGAGGGCACUGCUCGAGGUCUGAGUGGUAGUGCCACCACUGUAGCCAAAGCCACAAAGUAUCAAAGUGAUGAUGAAUGCUCCAUAGCAUCGUCUGGGUCAGCUGACUCGACUGGUAACGCUGCGGGGGGGUCAGGCACAGGCUCUGGUGACCCCAUACGACCAGAGUCCAACGGGCGUUUGGAGGAAGUCCUGGAGAUGGUCCGUGAGCUCAGGGAUGCCCAAGCACAGUUGUCAGAGGACAUUGAAAAUCUGAAUACGCAAUUCAAACGGGACCAAGGGUUUCUGACACAAAUGCUCCAGGACGAGAGAUACAGGUACCGGCAGUUGGAGGAAGAGCUCAAUGACCUCACAGAGCUGCACCAGCACGAGACCAGCAACCUGAAACAGGAGCUGGCCAGCAUCGAAGAAAAGGUGGCUUAUCAGGCCUACGAGCGUGCUCGAGACAUACAGGAAGCCCUGGAGUCCUGCCAGACUCGAGUGUCUAAACUGGAGCUGCAGCAGCAGCAGCAGCAGCAGACGGUGCAGCUGGAGAAUGCAGAUGCAAAGGUGCUGCUGGGCAAAUGCAUCAACAUUAUGUUGGCCAUCGUCACGGUGAUUCUGGUGUGUGUCUCCACGGCUGCAAAGUUCACUGCCCCUCUGCUGCGAAGCCGCCUCCACCUGGCCCUCACCUGUAUGGGAGUGUCCGUGCUCGCUCUGCUCUGGAAGAAUUGGGAACAUUUACAGUGUGCUGUGGAAAGACUAAUUCUUCCACCUUGAGCUACAAAGACUCUAUUGAACUGCCUCUCAAGGGUUGCCCAUGUUUCCAGGUGACAUUUUGCUGUGGAGAUUCAGGAGGCAAAGACAGAUGUAGUUGUAGCCUUAUACCAGCAGACCAUCUCUCUCUCUCCCCAUGAGGACCACACUCACAGUGAAUUUAUGGCUCCAAGCUUUGCAUGCCGCAUACUUGCCAGGCAGUGGUGGCCAACAGUAACCAUAGAGCUGUCUACAAAUAUUCAUAUAAACAAUACACACAUAUGUAAGCUGAUAAAUUAUCUUGGCUGUUAAGUACUGUGAUGAUUGUGAUGGUGCAAAUGUUGAACAAUGGGGCAUCACAUGUCAUCACAACAGUUGCACACUGACUGGACCAAAUAAAGAUACAACAAACAAUGAUACGUUGGGUCAGUCUGAUCUAAUUUUAGAUUUAGGCUUUCAUUUCAGCAUGAAAAUGGAGUGAUUAUUACCUGUGCUUAAAGAGGCGGACUGGCGUCGUUCCACUCAUGAGCUGGCGACAGGUGUCUUGUCAUUCACUAGCAUAAGUCUGAAGGCAUCCAUCUAAAGGUUGCUUUCUAUGGUUUGUAGCUGUAUUGUCCUGUCCAUAUAUGUGUGGUUUGUCUCUUUUGAUAAAAGUCCUUCUAAACUGUCUGUCUGAUCUAUGUGUUUAUAUGUUGGUGCUUUUAAUGUGUGAUAAAAGGAAUAACUAUGGAAAAGCUAUAACAAAAUAUUCAUAGGAAAACUAUUUUCUGUAUGUAUUAAGAUAUUUUACACCCAAAAGUCUCUCAAAUGCUGUCAAAUGAAAAUAUACAGCAUAUAUUUUCCAAAUGCAGUAAUGCUCAGGUGUUUUUGUGCUGCCUAUAUAAUAUAAUUCUAGUAAUGGAAAUUCACCAUAAAUACAUAAGAUAAGAAAUGUUGUCUAUGUAAUAAAUGUUUCCUCAUUCAUGGUUGUUUACACUAUCUGACAAAGAUGGACCAUGAACUGUUAAGAAAAACUGUAACAAAGAAAGUUUCUAACUUCUUAUUUGUUGAUUUUAAUGUGUUCUGAUUUGAAAAAAAGCUUAGCUGAUUUGUCACUGUAUCACUACACCUCCUGCUGAGCAGAGAGACGCUGUGAAACACCAAUUAUAGAUUUUUAUUCAGCAGACUUUGAACAAGGUGAACCUAACAAAUGAACAUGAAGCCUUUGGUGUCUUGUUGCAUUUAUUUUGUCAGAUCAAGUGUUAUCUGUUUUCAAAGAAUUUGUCAUAAUAGGCAUGGGCUCUUCACAUACUAUUAUGUUAACUGAAAACAUUGCUGCUAUACAUUUUGUGUAACAGUAAAAGUAGGCCUACAUCAUUUGCUUCAAACUUGCUCCAGGUUUAUAUAUUUAUGUAGCCUAUGUGUUUAAAAACAUAGUUAAAGAAAUUACUGGAUUAUUUUAUGUGAAUGCAACAAGAUAUUUGGCUUGCAUCUAACAAUGUAGCUUUGCCCCUAACCCUUAAUUAUUGUGAUCAUAAAUGAGGUAAAAGGGCAGAUGCCUAUACUGUUUACAUUGUAGAUUAUUGGUAGUAAAUCUGUUAUUUUUCUUUCAAAGCCAAAUAUAAACACAUUUGCUUUUUCGGGCAUCAUACUACAACAAAUUACAAAGCCUCCAACAAAUUUUCUCACUCAGGCCUACUGACUUUUUCCCCUAUUUUUAACAAGUUCAAGUACUGUUUUAGUUUUCACUUGUUUUAUUUUUAAAAUAAAAUAAAUGUAUAAAUUG